AACGCACAAGAAGAAGAACGGGUAGCAGUAGCUCCAGUCCUGCCCGCCAAAUUUGAGGGAUGUAAACAGUACCGUGCUUUUUCAUCUGACUCUACUAUGAACAGUUUUACUUCGUAAUGGCCAACGUUUCUUUGUCAGCAAUGAACUCCUGUGGAAAAGGUUCUGGCGAUGCAGCCCAUCUUGCUGCCAGCAGUGACAGUAAUUCCAUCAAAGUUUUUGUGCGAGUGCGACCUCUGACCCAGGGAACCGGGCUGACCACAGAUGGAGAUCAGAGUCUCUGUCUGACAGUCACUUCACCCAACACCAUCCGCCUGCUCUCAAAGCCAGAACCUCGAACCUUCACCUAUGAUCAUGUUGCUGACAUGGACACGUCUCAGGACUCUGUGUUCUCCAGUGUGGCUAAGAAUAUUGUUGAGUCUUGCCUGAAUGGAUAUAAUGGUACUAUAUUUGCCUAUGGACAAACAGGCUCAGGGAAAACAUUCACCAUGCUUGGACCGUCUGAGUUAGAUAACUUCACAGAUGAACUAAGGGGGGUUAUUCCUCGAAGUUUUGAGUACCUGUUUUUUCUCAUCAACAGAGAAGUGGAAAGGUCUGGCCAGUCCAAGAGUUUCCUUUGCAAGUGUUCAUUUAUUGAGAUAUACAAUGAACAAAUUUAUGACCUCCUGGACACAGCCUCAGCCAGCCUUUUCCUCAGGGAGAACAUCAAGAAAGGUGUGUUUGUGGAGGGAGCUGUGGAGAAGUUUGUGAACUCAGCCACUGAAGCCUACCAGGUGCUGUCUAUGGGAUGGCGUAAUCGAAGAGUGGCAUCCACCUCCAUGAACCGUGAGUCCUCCAGAUCUCAUGCAGUGUUCACCAUGACUCUGGAGUCUAAAGAGUCCAUCAAUGAAGUGGUGAACAUCCGAAUGUCUCAGCUGAACCUGGUAGAUCUUGCAGGGUCUGAGAGGCAGAAGGACACACACGCAGAGGGAUCCAGACUCAAGGAGGCCAGCAGUAUCAAUCGCUCCCUCAUGUGCCUCGGUCAGGUUAUCAUGGCACUGGUUGAUGUAUCCAAUGGGAAGAACCGCCACAUCUGCUACAGGGAUUCUAAACUCACCUUCUUGCUAAGGGACUCUCUUGGAGGAAAUGCAAAAACUUACAUCAUAGCCAAUGUACACCCUGGUUCAAAGUGUUUUGGAGAGACACUGUCCACCUUGCACUUUGCCCAGAGAGCAAAACUGAUCAAGAAUAAGGCCAUUAUCAAUGAAGACACACAGGGAAACGUGAGGCAGUUACAAGCUGAGGUGAAGAAGCUGAAGGAGCAGCUUGCGCAGGCACUGGCUUCUCAGGCAGACGACUAUGGAGGAGAUGUAGCGCCAGGAGGACCUGAACACCCCAUGGGUCCAUCCACAGAAAUUCAACACAACAAUGUCUCAUAUAAAGGAAAGUUUAUGGCUGCUGUUCGUCUGUGGAGGAAGCGAGAUGAGGAUAAGAAGAUGCUGCUCGAGAAGGUGGCUCAGCUUGAGGAGGCCUUGACCCAGAAAGACAAGUUCAUCCAUUCCAGCAGAAUGAUUGUCAAGUUUCGCGAGGACCACAUAUCUCGCCUUGAGAAAAAACUGAAGGAAGGACAGGUCUUACCGACAGACAUGGAGUCUCAGGGUUUAAUUGACCAGCUGAAAGAAGAGAUAAAGAUCUUGAGAGAUCAGGUUGAACAUCACCCAAAGAUGACUCGAUAUGCCGCAGAGAACUUCAGCCUCAGACAGGAGAACCGCCAACUCCGUUCUCUUGAAUCAGUGUUGAAAGCUGAAGAGGCUGCAGCCACAGUUGCUGCUGAGCUGGAUGAGACCUUCCAGAGGGCUAUGGAGAGAGAAGGACUUACAGAGACCUCUUCCAUCGCUGCUGCUACAGAUACUGUCUCAGCAGCUACAGCUGAGAGGCUGAAGGCUCAGCUCCUUCAGAAACAGUCCGACCUCGCAGCCGCCCUUCAGGCCUUUGAGGAGUACAAAGAAAUCACCAAGAAACAGAUGUCUCAGCUGGAAUCUGAGAAGAGGUACCUUGAAAAAUCCAACAGUCAUUUGGAAAACAUUUUGGAAGCCACAAAUGCUUACAAAAAACAGGAGGUCUCUGAGCUGAACAGAAUCCAUGUUGAAACUAUUAAGAUUCUCACCACGCCCACCAAAGCAUGCAACCUGCGGUCCCGUCUCGUGCCCCUCUCCAGCCCAGACCACCUGAAUGGGACAGACAGUAAUGGAGACGACAUCUGGGCCGAGCAGCCACCUUCAGACAUGACAGAGAUGGCACUGACUGAGGAACUGCGUCAAGUGCAGGAGCAGGCUAGUCGUGUCCAGACGCAGCUGAAUGAGAAGGAGCUGGAGAAUAGCAGGCUUUUGCAGCAAAUUGCAAAACUUGAGGAGCAGAUCACCAUGAUAUCGCAAGAGUCUGAGCAGAAGGAUGAGCUUCUUUCUAGUGAGCGAGCUAACAGGAACAAGGAUCAGCUCAUCCUGCAAGAAACCAUCAAUGAGGUGCAGCAGAGCCUUCAGUCUGAACAGCAAACUGCAGAAGUGCUGAGGAGUGAGAUACGCGAUCUACGUCUGGUGCUCCAGUCGUCCGAUAAGGAGCUGGCCACUGUGAAGAACGAGCUCUCAGAAGGCCGGAGCGAGCAGCAGAAGGAGAUGAGCCAGCUCUCCAGCAGCCUCAUCAGCAAGCAGCUCCAACUUGACAAAAUCCAGCUGGAAUGGGAGCAGCUUCUGGAGCAGCAUCGAACUCUGCAGGAUUCAUUUGACCAGCUGCAAGCUGAGGCCAAGUUUGAGGCUGAUGAGGCGAGACAGCAGCUGCAGGACAGGCAGCAGGAGACUGAUAAACUGAAAGCACAGCUCACCGAAUUGAAUAAUUCUUUGCAGGCUGAGCAAGAGCACGCAAGCACCCUGAUCUCCCAGUUGAGAGAAAACAAAGAAAGUGCAUCAAAAGAACUUAUUGAGUCUGUGGAACAAAACACACAGCUGAGGAAGCAAGUCUCAGAUCUGACAGUACAAAAUCAACAGCAGACCUCCAAAAUUGUUGAGCUUGAGCAUAAUCUCAACUCUGCCAAAGAAAUGAUUAAAGACUUGGAGCAGAAGACUGAACAGGACAAAGAUGUUAUUUUAGAUCUGAUGAAACAAAUCAGAGACGGCCGCUGUGAGCUGAGCCAGAAGGACCAGACCAUUACCCACCUGUCGGGAGACAUCAAAGACAUCACAGACAAAUAUGAUGCUGCCUGCAUUGAAAGGGAGGAUAUCAGGGAGCAAAACUCCAAGAUGCAGACAGAAAUCUGUGACCUGAAAGAAACUUUAGACAGAUGUGUAGCAUCCAACAAAAUUGAGGUCGAGGUGUUGCAGGAAGAGGUUACUUAUGCCACUGAGGAGGUUGAGAGACUCACAAAGGUCUUAGAUGAGCAGAAUAGGCUCCUCCAAGCAUCUCAAGAGCAAACAGCCUGUAAGGAUGCCAUGAUACAGAAUCUACAGCAGAAGGUGCAACAACAGCAAGAAGCUGUUGAACGAACCCUCAGAAAUGGAAGUUUGAGACCCUUUGAGUUGACAGUCACACCGAAAUCGUUACCUCGGACACCCUGCACUCCAGGAAGCUUCAACAGGGACCUGACCCAGGUGCUAGAGAGCCAGGAGAGGGAGCUGGAGAAUCGCCGUUCCUCCAUGAUGACCAUGGAGAUUCUUUUAUCUGAGCUGAACGCAGAGAGGAAUGCCAAGAAUGAGGAGAUCCAAAGGCUUAAAGCACAGCUGUCUGAGAAAGAGAUGGUUCGACUGGAGAUCCAGGCUUUACUUGACCAGUUUUACACCAAGCAGAACCAGAAUGGAAAUAACAAUGGUGAGGAGAUGAAUGACGCCAUCAGGCAGUCCAUACUAAAAGAGUUACAGGAGGAGAGAGCAGAGAAGAGCAAAAUGAUACAGAAGCUGUCUGAUACUCUAAAAAAACUGCAGGCACAGGAAUCGAUGUUGGCCCAGUCUCAAACCUGCGUUCAGGAGCUGACCACUGAGCUGAGAAACCGCUGUCUGGAGUUGAGAGAGCUGAACCACAGGAUUCAGGAUGAGGAGAAACUACACCAGGAGAUUGAGGUUCUCCGUAGGCAGAAUGUUCAGCUGUCGGAGGAGAACGGAAAACUUGUGGGUCAUAAGAACCACAAACAGAGGAUCGAAUAUCUGGUUAAGCUGAAAAAGGAAAACACCAAACUGCAAGAGGAAAAUGAAAAGCUGAGAACAGAGAUUGGCUUAAUGCGAGACCAAAUCGGAUGUCCGCCACUGGAGAUGACAUAAAUCCCUCAUUUUUAAUUAUUUAAGUAGAGGUGAACUUGUAUAUUUCCCAGUGAAAAGGGAUUUUUUAUAUAUAUUAUUUUUUUUACUUUAUUGAGUCCAACUCUUUUAAUGGUUUCUAGUACAAGGCUCUUGUGAUUCAGGUUUUUUUCUCAUUCAGGGAAUGAACAGUAAUGAUUUUGCUCAUUACGUGCUCAUAUUACAAGUCCUCCCGCAAAGAUUUUUUUGCCUGAAGACAUACUGUCUCUCAGCUGUGACAUAAUUUCCAUUAGUCCAGCUUUAUCUUUUCAAGUUGGGUUGCUUUGGAUGUAUAUCAGUGCAUCUGGGCACCUUGUUCUCAGACUACAUUACAACAAUGCUGCAUAACAUCUUAAUGUGAAAACAUUUUUGUGUUCAUGAUAUCUUAGGUGCUCAUGUUUGGUGCUGUGAUUGCUGAAUGACCACCUGAGUUGUAUCCAUGAUUUAUGAAUUGUAUUUUUCCCAUCAUACCGAAGUGUUUAGCAUAAUGAGCAUUCUUAAAUACUGUAAUUAAAAUGUAUUUUGUUUUUACAUCUUGAAA